GCGGGCAUUGGGCUGCUGUCGCGCGGGCAGGCGGUGUCGGUGCGGGUGGCUGGUGCCGGCGGAGCACAGCGACUCAGCUAGGGAAGCGUCAUCUGCAAAGUUGAAGGAAAGGAAAAGCGUAGUGAUUCCGGGUGUGAUCCUGAGUGUUUUAUGUGACAGACGGAUGCUGAGUUUCUAACUCCAUCAUUCUAGAUUGUAGAACCUGAACUGGAACUACUACCUUGCUAGCACGCUGUUGACCAAGCCAGUCGUUGGAUGUAGUGCUGACUUUGGAACUAGAAGAAAUUGCUUUAUCAGAUGCUGUCUGAACAGUGAGGUUUGCUGGGAUGGGUAAUCUUCUUAAGGUCCUUACCAGGGAAAUUGAAAACUAUCCACAUUUUUUCCUGGAUUUUGAAAAUGCACAGCCUACAGAUGGAGAAGGGGAGGUAUGGAAUCAGAUCAAUGCAGUUUUACAGGAUUCUGAAAACUUGCUUGCAGACCUUCAGGCUUACAAAGGAGCUGGACAAGAAAUAAGAGAUGCAAUACAAAACCCAAAUGAUAUCCAGCUUCAAGAAAAAGCUUGGAAUUCAGUGUGUCCUCUGGUUCUGAGGCUGAAGCAGUUUUAUGAGUUUUCACUCAGACUAGAGAAAGCACUACAGAGCUUAUUGGAAUCAUUGACUUGUCCACCCUAUACUCCAACCCAGCACCUGGAACGAGAACAGGCUCUAGCCAAGGAGUUUGCAGAAAUCUUACAUUUUACUCUCCGCUUUGAUGAACUUAAGAUGAGAAAUCCAGCCAUUCAAAAUGACUUCAGUUACUACAGACGGACAAUAAAUCGCAACAGAAUAAACAAUUUACAUAUAGACAUUGAGAAUGAAGUAAAUAAUGAAAUGGCCAACAGAAUGUCUCUAUUUUAUGCAGAAGCCACACCAAUGCUGAAAACACUCAGCAAUGCCACAACACACUUUGUAUCAGAAAACAAAACCCUACCAAUUGAGAAUACAACAGACUGUUUAAGUACUAUGGCCAGUGUAUGUAAAGUCAUGUUGGAAACACCAGAAUACAGAAGUCGGUUCACCAGUGAAAAGACUCUUAUGUUCUGCAUGAGAGUAAUGGUGGGCGUUAUUAUUCUCUAUGAUCACGUUCAUCCUGUGGGAGCUUUUUCUAAGACAUCGAAGAUUGAUAUGAAGGGGUACAUAAAAGUUUUAAAGGAGCAGCCUCCUGAUACCGUGGAAGUCCUUCUGAAUGCUCUCAGGUUCACUACAAAACACCUGAAUGAUGAAUCUACUUCCAAGCACAUUCGAGCGAUGCUUCAGUAAUCCCUUCUGAGACAAGUGGAGCUAUGUAUUGAUCACAGAAGAUGUGUAUGUUUACAUAAUUUAAUACAGAUUGGUGUUAAUACUUGUGUGUAUGUUCUUCACAUCAUUGAAAUCUGUGAAUCUUUAGUCAUAACAUGACUGACUUUAUAUAGCACAAUCUCCGUUUACAUGUCGGCCUUAUCUUUUUACAUUAUACUUCAACUACAUCUAUAACAGUCUGUUGUCUGUGUUUGUUUAAUCCAAAAAAACUGCCUCUUUCACAGAAGUAAGCAGUAGUAAGUACAAAAUGGAAAUCAAAUAGACUAAACCCUAGGGGUGAAAUCUUGCAGGAGAAAUUGAAUGUGAAUUAAAAUUAAAAGUGAAAUUGUCUCAUUUCUUCGUUUAUUGUGCUGUUGGAAAUUUAGUUUUACAUAAAGUUCUCCAUUUAAUUUUUAUGGACUGAAGGUCAUUUGAAUGUUCAGCACCAUUGCAUGAGACACAACAUGUUUUGUAUUAGGCAGAAGGAAAAGUGGCCACCUACUGCGCAUUCUUGCUUGGCUGAAAACAGCCAACAGAUUCUGUUGCCAAAGAAGACAUUGUGUCUCUUCGGUUUAUUCUGUAACCCUUGCCGUUCCACAGUUGAGAAAUUGAUAUCCUGUUUCGGGUUUAAUGUAUUUACUUAUAAAAUGCAGUUCAAGACUAUUCUCAGAUUCAGACAAGCUUGUAUUACUGAAUAAGAAAAAUACUCUUAGGCCUAAAGCCUGAAGCUUGGAGAAUAAUGAGGAAGUACUAAAGCCUUGUGUACAUUAGAAAGCUUAUGCCAGUUCCCCAAAUGAAAUCUAAGGGUCUGUCUACACUGAAAUAAAACACCUGCAGCUGGCCCAGGUCAGCUGACACUGUCUCAAAGGGCAUGGGCUGCAGACUAUAAAACAGCAGUAUGGGAUGUUGGGUCUUGGGCUGGAGCCCAGGACCCUUCCCCCUUGCAGGGUCCCAGACUCUGGGUUCUAAUCAGUGGCGUAGCCAGGUGGAGGGAACGGGGAGCGAUUUAAAAAAAAAAAAAAAAAAAAAGCGUCACCCGCUGCAGCAUUUUUUCUCACCCAGCAGUGCUCCGAGUCAUCUUCGGUGGGCCUUUCACUUGCUCUGGGGGUCUUUGGUGGCAUUUCGGCGGCAGGUCUUUCAGUGCCGCCAAAGACCCACGGAGCGAGUGAAGGUCCCGCCGCCGAAGACCCAGAGUGAGUAAAUAAAAACGUCACAGUGGGUGGUGCCUUUGUUGUUGUUGUUUGUUGUUAUCGCUCCCCCAGGUGAGUAUGAAGGUGCCAGGAAAUUGACAUCCCCCUCUAGCUAUGCUACUGGUUCUAACCCAAGCCUGAAUGUCUACACUGCAAUUUUAUAGCCCCAGUCCCCACCACAUGGGCCAGUCGCAGGUCUCUUAUUGUAGUGUAGACAUACUUUAAAUGGGCAAAAAGCCUUUUUGCUGGUAUAACUGUCUACUAGAGCUUUCUGCUGAUAUAAAAAUAUUGUAAAGACUCUCUCACCCCUACCUGACAUUAUUAUACCCGCAAAAGUUUCUAGUGUAACUUCUAGUGUAAGUUUCUAGUAUACCUGGCCUCGUUAGAGCAGGAGUAAUAUAAAGAGGGUUUGACUGUGUUUGGGAGUUGGGCUAUUUGUAAACUCCCUUAAAAUCAAACUCCUUGUAUAGUACUUUUUAUCAGCCAAUACCAUCUGAAAACUGAGAAGUUUCAGUUGCUUACUUAACCGUUGUUUUCAAAUGUGACUUAAACUGUCAAGAAGUUGUGUUCCUCACUGAGUUACAUUUAUUCUUAGUUUCUCCAGUCGACGGAAUAGAGAUCUUUUGCCAAAACCAGCAAAGUGCUCUUUUGAGUGUCUGAGUGUCCUGCAGCAGCUGUGAAUUUUCUAGCAGAGAGGAUCACGUUUUCAAAAACCUGCAUUAAUUUUGCGUGUUUGGCUUACAUGUUUGCAUGUAAACUCUAAGGCAUAUGCAUAAACUCUGAUUUAUGUAUCUAUAUGCGUAUUGGAAUUUGUGUGCAGUCACCGGAGUUUUCAUGAAUGCACUUCAGAAAAUGUGGCCCUUUGAUAUUUUGGUGGUAUAAUGCUGCACACUAGAAACUGUACUGCACUCCUACAAAGCUACUUAUCAAUGUCAGUUCCUAGGCAAUAUUUAGUCUGUAAGCUCUUCGGGGUAGGGAUUGCCUUCUUUUGUAUAUUUACACAGCACUUAUUACUUUGAGGCCUUAAUUCUGAUUGGGGCCUCUAGAAGCUAAUGUAAUACAGGUAAUAAUGCUUCUGACUCUGCUAUACAGCUGCUGCUGAAUACCCAGAUGUCAUUCGAAACAGUUUAUUAUAGGGAUAUUUACCAAAUGUAAAAAAAGUACUUUCACCAUUGUCAGCUAAAUGGACUGCAGAUUCGUAGUGGAUCUGAUAGAUUCUUUAUUUGCUAAAGUUAAUACUUGCCAAAAGAGGAGAACUGUGUAAUGAAGAAAAAUGUAAACCUGAAAGCAUUCUUAAAAUUGUCAUGUGCUGUUUGCAAAUGUCAGUGCAUUUCUUUGCCUGGUGUGACGGAGCUAUUUUGUACAGAAGUUUGUUUGAAAUAAUAAAAAGUUUGGUACAUUCA